AUGGCUGCUACAAAUGGAGAUGAAUUUGUUAAUAAUGAUCGUAGUCAUUCGAAUUUCUUUCGUCGUUCUUUAUCACCACGUUCAUUUGAAAAAUUACGCGAUGAAGAUAAUGAUUAUUUCUAUAAACCAAAACGUGGUCCAUCAAGAAGUAAAUCAAAUAUAACUAUAACACGACCAAUAAAACGAUUUGAAACUGUAACAAAACUUGUUGAACUUCUAUCAAAAGGAAAUAAUAAUAAUUUAAAAACACAACAUCAUGAAGAUAUUGAACCACCAAUAUUAUCGAAAAAAAUUAAUGAAGAAAAAUGCUCCUCCUCAUCAUCAUCAUCACAUUAUUCAAGUUUUUUAUCUAUGGAUGGAGGACAUUCAUCAUCAAAUAUUCCAUCAACUUUUUCAUCAAGUUUUUCCUCGACAUUUUCAUCGCGAUGUAAUUCAUCAAUAUUAACAACAACUGAACAUGAAUCUCCAGUGAUUAUAACUGUUGAACCAAUAAAUAAAUUAACUCAAACAACUCCAGUUCCAUCAAAAAAAGAACCAAUUCUCAUUAAUAAAGAUGCCGUACAAUUUUAUUCUUCAUCACCAUGUCAUGUACCUGCAAUGGGAAUAAAUGUAACAACAACAGGUGUACAUCUUGUUUUACUUGAGCUUUAUCCACAAAAUAUUGAUUAUUCUACAGUUGUUUUUCAACGUUAUCUUAUUUCUUUAAUUAUUAAUAAUGAACAUCAAAAUUGGUCAAUAUCAAAUGUUGAAUUACAAUCAUCAAUUGAACAAGAAGUUAAUUUUCGUUUAUUUACAUUAACACAUGAUGAAUUUGAUCUUAUUCUUUUACGUUUACAAUCAUUUAUCAAUUAUAAAUCAUCUAUAGCAUCAACAUUUGUACUUAAUAUAGCUUUAACAGGUGAACAAACAAAUGAAUAUGAAAGAAAAAUUUCUUCACGUUUAAAUAAAAUUAAUUUAAAUUUUGAUAUUAUUCAAUAUCGUGUUGAAUCUUAUAUGAUUGGUUUAGAUUUUUUUCUUGGAAAUAAUCGAAUGAUUAAUACUGAUAAACAUGAUGAAUUAAUUGCAAUUUUUGAUGAUAAAAAAAACGAAGAAAAUCAUCAAUUUUAUCCAUAUAUACUUGUUCAUGCUGAAGCUGCAAGCACAUUUUUUUAUAUUGUUCAUUCAUCAAGUAAAUAUUCAGUAUUAACAUCCAAUAAUUUAUGUUAUAAAACUUAUGCAAAUUUAAUGAAACUUUUACAACCGGGAUAUGAUCCAAAAAAUGAUCAACAAAUAUCACCUUCAACAUCAUCAUUUUCAAUUCGACGUCCACCACCUGUUUCAUUUGAUUUUACCCGACAAGAUUUAUGUAAACAUUGUCAUCGUUUAUCGGCAACAUUUCCCUCUGAAUUACCACUAACUAGUUUUACACGUUUACCACAACGAUGUUGUCCUUGUGAUUAUUCGAUAUCGAAAACUCCACAUUAUAUUUAUCGUGGUUGGUCAAACAGACGAUCAUUAUCAUAUGAUAAGAGUUUAUCUACAUAUGAUGUUCAUACACAAACAGAUGAUAGUUUUAUUGAAUCAUCAUCAGUACCAAUGCGUUUAGCAACACGUCGUUCUUUAUUAUCAAUGUUCACAAUGAAUAUCGCAUUGACACUUAAACUAUUAAUAAAACUUUAUCCGUCUGUACAUCAUUGUCUAUUAAUUGGAGAAUUUUUUCAAUUAGAAAAACAAGCUGUACCAGAUUUAGCAUUAUUUAUUCGAUCAAUUAUGGGUCAAAAUACACCAUAUAUUUAUCAAUUAAAACGAGAAU